GUGUUGUUGGGUAUAGACGAGGAGCAGAGCUCCAGUGUUGAGAGACAGACAGAGAGAGAGAGAGAGAGACCAGUGAGUGUGAAACAUGGCGAGAGGUGCAAGGGGAGGAUUGCUGCUCGCUGCUGUCCUGCUACACUUUGGACCACUCGUAACCAGCCGAGAGGCGCCAGACAAAGUCAACGGCUUCAGCCUGCACCCGCCCUACUUGAACAUAGCCCAAGGGUCCAGGAUCGCGGCCACGGCCACUUGCGGAAAGGACGGAUCGGGCAGGCCGAGGUUGGACCUCUACUGUAAGCUGGUGGGAGGACCAGCUGCCGGAGCCUCCAGCCAGACCAUUCAGGGGCAAUUCUGUGAUCACUGUUUGUCUGAUGAUGCGUACAAAGCUCAUGCAAUCACCAAUGCCAUCGAUGGUACUGAGCGCUGGUGGCAAAGCCCACCUCUUUCACGUGGGCUACACUACAAUCAAGUCAAUGUCACUCUGGACUUUGGUCAGCUCUUUCAUGUGGCUUAUAUUCUUAUCAAGUUUGCUAAUUCUCCACGUCCAGACCUUUGGGUACUUGAAAGAUCAGUUGACUUUGGAAGAUCCUACAACCCAUGGCAGUAUUUUGCUCAUUCCAAACGCGAUUGUGAGGAUUUAUUCAGAACAAGAGCUCGUGGGCGGAUUACAAGAGACGAUGAUGUAAUCUGCACUACAGAAUAUUCCCGGAUUUUGCCGCUUGAGAAUGGCGAGAUUGUUAUAUCUUUGGUGAAUGGUCGUCCGGGAUCCACAAACUUCAAUGAUUCUCCUGUCUUAAGAGAAUUUACAAAAGCUACAAAUAUCCGACUUCGAUUUCUUAGGACCAACACUUUAUUGGGUCAUCUGAUAUCUAAGACCCAAAAGGAUCCCACAGUCACGCGAAGGUAUUAUUACAGCAUCAAGGAUAUCAGUGUUGGAGGUCGAUGCGUUUGCAAUGGACAUGCUGACACUUGCCAAGCAAAGAGUCCAGAAAACCCAUUCCAAUUGCAGUGUGAGUGCCAGCAUAACACCUGUGGAAUAUCAUGUGACCACUGUUGUCCUGGGUACAAUCAGAAACAAUGGCAACCAGCUACUACUUCAUCUGCCAAUGAAUGUGAACCCUGCAACUGCCAUGGACAUGCCAAGGAUUGUUAUUACGAUGCUGAAGUCAGCCAUCGCAGAGCAAGUGUGAACAGCUAUGGGCGCUAUGCAGGUGGAGGUGUUUGCUUGAACUGCCAGCACAACACUGCGGGAAUAAACUGUGAGCGGUGUGCACCAUUUUAUUAUCGACCAUCUGGAGUUCCAAAGGAAGCAGCGGAUGGCUGUUUACCCUGCAGGUGCAACCCUGAAUUUACAGAUGGAUGUGACGGAACAACAGGUCAAUGUCGCUGCAAACCUCAGUUCAGUGGUGAAAACUGCGAUAGAUGUUCCCAUGGAUACUACAACUUUCCUCAGUGCCUCUCUGUUCCUGUUUACCCCACUCCUCGUCCGGUAACCGAAGACCCAUCGGCUGGAGAUUUCCAAAAUUGUAAAUGUAAUGUGCAGGGCACAGUAGCAAAUACUUGUUACGUGGAUCCUUACACUCGGCGUUGUGAUUGCAAACCACACUACACUGGUCCCUACUGUACUCACUGUGCCACAGGAUACUUUGGAAAUUAUUGUCAACAAUGCCAAUGUUACAGUGCUGGCGUGACGCAUCAAGUGUGUGACCCAAACACCGGACGGUGUUUGUGUCGGAGUGGAUUUCAAGGUUAUUUUUGUGAGAGCUGCUCGAAGGGAUAUUUUCAGUUCCCCCUCUGCGAACCAUGUCGCUGUAACAAUGCUGGAACUCUCCCUGAAAUCUGUGAUGACUCUGGGAGAUGCCUCUGUCGGGCAGAAUUUGCCGGCAAUCAAUGUGACCAAUGUCACCCAGGAUAUCACUCAUUCCCACACUGUCAAGCAUGUGAGUGUUCUGCUGAUGGCUCUUAUAAUUCUGAAUGUGACCAGAUCACUGGAAAGUGUAACUGCCGGCCACAUGUCACUGGACAGCGCUGUGAUACUUGUGUCCCAGAAGUGUACAACUUCCCUACUUGUCAAGUUACUGACUGCCAUUCAGCUGGUACAGCAAGUCAUGUUCCUUCACCUCGUUUUCAGGGUUCCUGUCCGUGCCUGGCAAAUGUCGAGGGGUCUAAAUGUGACCAAUGUAAGUCACUCUACUGGAACCUAGCUGAGCAAAAUCCUGAUGGUUGCAUUGAAUGUCGCUGUAGUGUGAUUGGUACAGUUAGUGGGAUUGGAGAAUGCAAUCAGGAUGAUGGCCAAUGCAACUGUAAAUCUAAUGUGUGUGGUAAGCUCUGUGAUUGGUGCAAGGAAGGACACUAUGCCUUAGGAGAGAGGAACUAUUUUGGUUGUCGAGGCUGCCAGUGUGACAUCGGAGGUUCUACUAAUCUAACAUGCAAUUUGUCGUCAGGGACCUGCCAGUGUAGACCGAAUAUAGAGGGGCGCACUUGUAACCAGCCAUGGAAGAACCACUAUUUCCCAGAUCUUCACCAUUUGAAGUAUGAAAUUGAAGAUGGCACCACGCCCAAUGGAAGAGCUGUUCGGUUUGGAUUUGAUCCACAGGAGUUCCUGCACUUCAGCUGGAGAGGCUAUGUACGAAUGUCAACAGUGCAACCAGAGGUGAUCAUGUCUGUCACUGUGACUUCUCCUAAUCUGUUUCGCAUAAUCUUCCGGUACAAGAACCGUACCCCAAAGCCUGUUAGAGGAAGGAUCUCAAUCACUGAGGAAGUAAAUGUUGAUUCUUGCUGUAACUUUUUGACCCAGGCAAAAGAAAUUACCUUUCCUCGUAGUAAGGAGCCAUCUUUUGUUACCGUUGCAAGAAGUAACUAUGGUGACCCAUUCCCGCUCACACCCGGGACUUGGACUGUCAACAUAGAGGCUGAUGGAGUGCUCUUGGAUUAUAUGAUCCUGCUGCCCAGUGAUUAUUAUGAAGCUCCGAUUCUGCAGUUACAAGUAACCGAUCCCUGCACUUACGCUGCUAACCCCGAACAAGUGGGAAAAAACUGCUUGUUAUACAAGUACCUGCCUUUGGAUAUCUUCCCAUCAGCUGGAGUUGAUGAUGUCAUGUACACUGUGGAUGGCCAACAGCAAUCUUCAAUUCAAAAACCGACCUCCUACCGCACAAAGAUGGCUGAUCUGACUGGCAGACAGGUUCAGUUGCAGUUUAGAAUUAAGCUUCCUGAACCAGGCCAAUAUGUUCUUGUCGUUGAAUAUGCCAAUGAAGAUGAGAGACUGCACAAGCUUAAUGUGGCUCUGCAAAAACCUAUUGGAGCAACAAUGCGAGGGGAAUUUAAUCUGUACGGCUGCAAAUACAGUUUCCUUUGCCGGAGUGUUGCAGUUGACUCACAGAAUCGCAUUGCGGUUUUUGAUCUGCCUUCUUAUGCUGACCUCCUUCUACAGGGAAGAUCGAUCAGUUUUUUACUGCACAAAGUUUAUUUCAUACCAUUUAAAGAAUUCUGCAUUGAACACAUAGAACCCAAAGUCCACUGCGUCGCCACUCAUGGACCUGUCACAAACAGGAGUUCCUGUGUUGCAUCCAAGUAUGAAAUACCUGUGUCUUCAGUGAAGGUGAAGAAUGGACUGCUUUCAACUGCAGGCUUUCCUUCACAACCUAACUUGCCUAAUGAUCCACAACUCCUAUCCAAGCACCCUACAACCAUGGUGGAACCAGGAGACAUUAUUUUACUAAAAUCACCACAGAAUCAGAUCACCUUCAGAACAAGAGUGCCAAAUGCAGGCAAACAUGUGGUUAUGGUGCAUUUUUAUCAGCCUUUGUACCCAGCAUUCCCAGUUGAGGUGAUGGUGGAUGGAGGCCGUCCCUAUGAUGGAUUCUUUACUGCUUUCUUCUGUCCACAUGGUUUUGGAUGCCGCAACCAGGUCAUUUCAGGGAAUAGAAUAGAAUUGGAUAUAAACAACCUGGAGUUGUCCAUCAUUCUUACUGUUCCAAAAGAGAAAGCACUUUGGGUGGACUACAUCUUAAUUCUUCCUUCAGAGAGUUAUGACCCUGACUUAAGAAAUGAAAAACCUCUGGAUAAAUCAUUUGAUUUCAUUACUGAAUGUGGUGGAAAUAGCUUUCACAUCGAUCCAGCUACAUCAUCCCGAUUCUGUACAGAUUCUGCAAAGUCACUCGUGGCAUUCUACAAUAAUGGAGCUGUAUCCUGUCAGUGUAAUGAAGAAGGUGCCACCAGCCCUGCAUGUAAUCCAUUUGGAGGCCAGUGUUCCUGCCGGCCAAAUGUUAUUGGACGUCGAUGUGACAGAUGUGCCACUGGCUAUUUUAUGUUUCCCAAUUGCCGACCUUGCAAUUGUGGAAGGCGCCUGUGUGAUGAGGUCACAGGCCAAUGCAUCUGCCCUCCUCAAACGGUGAAGCCUUCAUGCGAAUCAUGUGUUAAACAAACCUUCAGUUACCACCCUCUGGCCGGCUGUGAAAAAUGCAACUGUUCACGAGAAGGAAUCACCACACCUGCAAAUCCAGACUGCAAUCGACAAACUGGGCAGUGUCGAUGCAAAUCAAAAGUAACAGGCCGCCAGUGUGACCGCUGUUCUGUUGGUUACUCCCGUUACCCGGACUGUGUUCCCUGUAACUGUAACCGUGAAGCAACACAGCCGACGGUGUGUGAUCCUGUAACCGGACAGUGUCUUUGCAAGGAGAACGUUAUGGGUGCAUAUUGUGACAUUUGUCGACCUGGCUCAUUUCAUCUGGAUCCAGCCAAUCCCAAAGGCUGCACAAGCUGUUUUUGCUUUGGAGUAACAAAUGAGUGUCGGAGCUCCAGUAAGCCCAGGACUAAACAUAUGCAAAUGAAGAAAUGGGAUUUAUUCACGGGGAAUAAGCAGAGCAUUCCAGUUGUUUAUAACCAACGGAGUAACACUGUCGUAGCUGAUGUACAAGAACUACCUAGUGUUAUUCGUGAUUUAUACUGGCUAGCCCCAGAGUCCUACCUGGGAGACAAGGUCUCAUCAUAUGGUGGCUUCCUGACAUACCAAGUAAAAUCCUUUGGCUUACCAAGUGAAGGGAUGACUUUACUUGAGAAAAGAUCUGAUGUCGAAUUGAGGGGUGAACAAAUGACCGUUGUUUAUUUUGAUCCACGGAAUCCGCUUCCGGAUCGAGUUUACCACGGACGAGUCCGGCUUCUAGAGGAUAAUUUCCAGCACGCUGUCAUUAAUACUCCAGUAACUAGGGAAGACUUCAUGCUAUUGUUGAGUAAUUUGGAAGAACUACAAAUUAGGGCCCUUUAUUACUCGCAAACACAGCGCCUUUCCCUUGGCCAAGUUCAGCUUGAGGAAGCCUCAGUUUCUGGAGCUGGAAGUCCUGCUACUAAUGUGGAAGUGUGCACGUGUCCCCCAAACUACUUGGGAGAUUCCUGCCAGAAAUGUGGCAUUGGAUACUACAGAGAACGGACUGGCUUCUUCCUGGGGCGCUGUGUUCCUUGUCGCUGUAAUGGACACUCAAGCAAAUGUGAAGAUCGAUCUGGAAAAUGCAUUGACUGCAAACAUAACACAGAAGGGGAUCACUGUGAACAAUGCAAAUCAGGUUUCUUUGGAAAUGCUGCCCGAGGUGCCUGCAGCCCCUGUCCUUGUCCAUAUACACAGAGUUCCAACAACUUUGCCAUGCAGUGUGGUGAGAUGAAUGGUGUCUUGAAAUGUUUGUGUAACCAGGGGUACACUGGAUCAAGAUGUGAGAGGUGUGCUCCAGGUUACUUUGGAAACCCUCUGGAGAUAGGAAGCAAGUGUAGGCCUUGUCAGUGUGGCCAUUCAAGUUCUACAAGCUGUGACCCACUGACUGGUCAAUGCAGCAACUGCCAAGACUGUACGAAUGAAGAACCCAAGGACACUAGCUCUGAUGAAAAGUGUGACACCUGUGACAGUUGUGUUGAAACCCUGCUAAUUGACCUGGACAAGAUGGAUUCCGAUCUUCGAAAGAUCAAACUCCAGCUUCAAAAUGCAAAUACAAGUGCUGCUGCACAGCAUCGAAUGAACAACUUAGACAAGGCCAUAAAAGAGACUGAGAAUCAGUUGAAGAAGUAUCGGGCCACUGUGGAACAGCAAGUCAGAACGACUGAUAAUUUGGAAAAUGACAACAUGAACCUCAUUCAAGAUAUUAAUGCACUCAAGGAAAAGGCGGAAAAGAGUUCCCGAAGUAUUCAGCUGUUGCUCACUUCAAUCACUGAGACCCAUGGACGUGCACAAGAUAUGCUGACAAAUAUAGAACGUGUGCUGUUGAAGAUCUUAGAUACGCUAAAAAUGUUGAACACCCUUGAUCCAUCUUCUGGCACUGCAGCCAAGUUAGAUGAGGUGGAACGGAUGCUCAAUGAAAUGAGAAGCCGCAACUUUGAUGGGGAGAGAAGAGUGGCUGACAGGGAGAAGCAAGAGUCAAAGACUUUGCUUGACCGUAUUAAGAAUAAUCUAGUAAGAAAUAUUGACGAGAACAAGGAACUCGCAAGUAAUAUAAAGGAUGCACUAAGCUUGUAUCAGUCUAAGUUAAUGGAUCUUCAAGAAGCAAUGACUGAAGCAGCCAAUCUAUCCAGAAAGGCUGAUGACCUGAACAGAAUCAAUUCCAUUUCACUGGAAGCUAUUAAGAAAAAACACAAUGAAUUAGAUGUUAAGCAGGCAGAAGUCUCAAGUUUGCUUCAAAAGAUUGAUGUCACCCUUACUAAUCUGAAAAACAUGCUUCAAAUGUUGGAUGAAAGUCAGGAGGAUUAUGAAAAACAUGGAGCUCAGUUAGAUGGAGCCAUAUCAUUGCUCGAAGACAAAGUUAAGAAGCUCUCAGAUGCAAAAAGGAAGGAGCCCAUUGUGCUUAGUGCUGAGAAACAUGCUGAAAACUUGGAUCAGUUGUCAAAGCAACUCCAGAGAGCAACAGAAGAAGUAAACCAAGAUGCCUUAAUCCAACGUGUUCUCAAUGCCUCCGAUGCCUAUGAGAACAUAAUCAACGCAGUGAAUGCAGCAGAGGCAGCGGCCAACAAAGCAGCAGGUGCAGCAGAUGAUGCUUUGCAGACUGUGGUGAAGGAGAAUUUGCCUGGCCAAGCAGCUGAUUUAAAAACCAGAAGUGAAAAAGUUCUUAUCCUGACAAAGGAAGCUGAAAUGGAAUUUGACACAGUUGUUCUUCCGAAGCUUAAAGAUGCAAAAUCUCGCCUCAACAGUGCAAUACGUAAGAAAAAUCAAUCACUGCUGGAUCUUCCAUCACUUCGGAACAAAGUUAAACAAAUAAAUCGAGAUGAUGUUGGUGAGACUUUAGACCGAGCAAAAGAUGCAGCUGAUGAAGCAACUAAAAUCGCUACAAGAGUGAUGGAUAAAUUGCAGCCGAUAAUUAACGAUGUAGGAAACAUCAACAAGACAUCAGGGAAUCUUACAAACACUACUGCUAUUAACAUAGCAUUAAGGGAAGCAGAAAACUCAGUAAAAAAUUUGACUAAUACCCUGCCAGGCCUUGUGAAGAAGCUAAAGGAUUUAAGCCAAAUACAACCUGUCAAUAACAUCUCCAAAAAUAUAGGUCGUAUCAGGGAGCUUAUUGAUCAGGCCAGAGAAGCUGCUAAUAAGAUAAAUGUGGCAAUGAAAUUCAACGGUAAUUCUGGUGUUGAAGUACGUCUUCCUGGCAAUCUAGAUGGUUUAAAAGCUUACACAUCUCUACUGUUACACCUCAAACGACCGGAUAACCUACCAGCCCGAGGAGGCGGUAGGAGGCGUAAGCAACAAGAUUCCAAAAACAUGUUUGUUUUGUACCUAGGCAACAGGGAUACUUCCAAGGAUUACAUGGGCAUGGCAUUAGAGAAUGAGAAACUGGUUACUGUCUAUAAACUAGGAAACGAAGAAAUGAAAAUAGUCUCUGAGAAAACAGUCCACAAUAAAAACUUUGACCAUAUCAAAUUCGAGAGGAUCCUGCAGUACGGCAUCUUAAACUACAGUCUAGUAAGUCCUAAAAUUGGAAAACUUGUGGAGAGCGCAACAUACAACAAAACCGGAACUGGUGAUGACAUGCUACUUAACCUUGACCCAAAGAAUACAGUCUUCUAUGUUGGAGGAUUUCCCUCCACUUUUACGCCUCCAGUUACCUUAAAUUAUCCAAAAUAUGAGGGUUGCAUUGAGCUCGGUGUCUUGAAUGAGAAACUGAUCAGUUUAUACAACUUUGAAAGAAUAUUGAACAUCAAUACCACAAAAGACAGACCAUGUGAAAGAUAUAAGCCAACUAAGGAACCAGGAAGGGAUGGUUUCUAUUUUGAUGGAACUGGAUAUGCAGUAAUUAAAUUGUCCGGUCCUUUACACACAGUAACAAUUGAACAAACCAUUCUAACUUCAAGCAAAAAUGCAGUCCUGUUAUAUUUGGAGAAAAAGAAUUCUAGCUGUGCUUUAACCAUUGAGGAUGGAAAAUUGGUACUCAGAUAUUAUCUCAAAUCCAACGCACCCAAGAUUAUGGUUUCAGAAAACACACUAGACACCAGCAAGGAGAAUGUGAUCAAGCUCCUAAUGCUCAAACUCAAGCGUGUGGUUGUAUUUGUCAAUGCUGAGAAAUAUUUGGAUGUCGAGGAUGCUUUCAAUGAGUUGAAUUUCCCUGAUUACUACCUUGGAGGAAUACCAUCACAUCUUCAGGAAGGAUUAAACAUGCCUGUAAAAACAUCCAUACGAGCCUGUGUGAAAAAUCCGAAAGCUAAUGGUAGGAACAUAGAUCUAUCCGUCGAACACAUUGUUGGUGUUAGUAAAGGCUGCUCACAUGCACUAUUGCUGGUCCGUACUGCCCAUUUUAAUGGUAGUGGAUUAUUGGGCCUUUCUGCAGCUGACUUAUCCUUCCCUGAAAACUUCCACAUUGGAUUUGGCUUUUCAACAAGCCAGUUGAACAGUCUACUGUUUUCUUAUGAAAAGGAUAACUUUGAAGUUUUGCUGGAAAACGGCAUAGUGAAGGUUAAUAUUCUGGGCACAGUCUUAACAUCUCAAAGCUCUUUCAAUGAUGGUGCCAACCAUUAUGUAUCAGUCCAGAGGAGAGGAAAUAGGGUCUAUCUGAAUAUAGAUGAUUCAGAAAACAAAACAGCAGAAUUAAGAUUGGGCCAGCCUGCCCCAAAAAUGUCGGUAUACCUGGGUGGAGACAAAGACACAAGGAACUUUGAUGGCUGCAUUAGCAAUGUGUUUCUACGAAGGAAUAAUCAGUUGCCCACAGUUGAAAAUUUGGCAAUUUCUACUGAGGACACUGGAGUGUACCUGGACACCUGUCCCCAACAGAGAGCCCCAGAAAUGCUCAUGUUGAAAGAGGGCAGAAAAUGGAAUGGUCAAGAGACAGUUAAAGUGAAUAAGAAUGGAAAGAAUCAUAAAGUUGUUCCUGAUCAUUCAGUGAAGGAAAAUGCAGGACAAGACUUUAAAGGGUGUCAGUUGCCAUGGCAACCAAAAGCAAUCAAUGGUGCCUAUCAAUUUGGAGAUUCACCAGAUAGCAGAUUGGAGUAUGACUCUUUUCCUGAAUCAUUUAAAGAGAGGUCCAAAUUCUCCAUCGAUGUGCGAACGGUUGCACCAGAAGGAACCAUCUUUUAUGUAGCAGAUAAAUCGGGGAAAUCUUACAUGACGCUUUAUGUUUCAAGAGGCCGUUUCUUCUUUUCCUUUGCUUUUGACGGGAAGCAACUGAAAAUUAAGAGCAAAGCUAAACACAAUGAUGGACAGUGGCAUACAGUGGUAUUUAGCAGAGAAAAUAACAAGGGAAAGCUCAUUAUUGAUGGCCUCCGGACACGUCAGGACAGCAUGGCCAGUAGUCCACUCUUGAAAGUUGAAUCUCCAUUUUAUCUGGGUGGGUUACCUCCAAGCAAAAGGCGACGCAAUAAGAAGCAGCCACAACGACACAGUUUCCAGGGAUGUCUAAGAAACUUUAAGCUGGAUGGUAAUCAACUGCAUUCCCCUGUGCGCACGUUUGGAGUCACGCCAUGCUUCGAAAGCAACUUUGAGCAAGGGGCUUAUUUCUCAGCCGAAGGAGGAUAUGUUGUUUUAGAUAACUCAUUUGUGGUGGGCAAGGAUUUUGAGCUUCUGUUUGAAGUGCGCCCUCGAAGCCAGAAUGCUGUCCUUUUCCAUGUCAACAGUCCACAGGGAAAUUACCUCAGUCUAUAUAUGUACAAGGGGAAGGUCACUGUCCAUGUAAACAAUGGAGCUGGUGAUUUCAACACAUCAGUCACACCUCAGUCACUGUGUGAUGGACAGUGGCACAGAAUAGCAGUCAUUAAAAGAAAUAAUGUGGUGCAGCUUGACGUGGAUACAGAACGUGACCAUAUUGUAGGACCUUCUACUUCACUCUCCACCGACACUGCUGACCCCCUCUAUGUUGGUGGCAUCCCAGAUUCUGUACAGUUACCUCAUUUCCCAACUCGCAAUCCAUUCACUGGCUGCAUGAGGAAUGUAUUGAUCAAUGUGAAACCAGUAUCGUUCAAGAAAGCAGAGGCAGUCCAUGGUGCUGUUAGUGUGGCUCGGUGCCCUACCAUGUAAACUCCAGCUACUGUCUGUACCUGCAAGAUAAUUUAACCUUCCUGCACUUGAUUGUAACGGACAACUGAACCACUGUCAAAAGUAAAAACUAUUAAUUUAUUGUAACUUGGAUUUUGCAUUCUUCUCAUUUCAGUCAAUUGAAUUUGACAUUUAUGUUUGGCUUAAAAUAAUGGCAAUCCUUUACUAUUAAAUGAAAAAUGACCCACUAACUUUGUGAAAUGUGAUACAGAUAUUUUACUUCCUAACUGGUGCUGUAUUCUGUGGGGCCAAAUACAUUACUAAAUUUUGCUGCUAAUUUUAUAUUUUUAUACUUGAAUAAUUAAUAUGCUAAACAUAUUUCUAAAAUAAACAUGAUUUAACCAUCAUUAUUAAAAGCCUUUUAAAUUAUUUUUUGGUGAGAGUAUACGAUCUUCUAGCAAAGGAAUGAUUUCCCCUUCUGCACUGCCUGAUUGGGAACAUGAGAGAGGUCUGAUGCAGACACAGUGCAGAUUAUAACUCUUCCUGUGGGCAUCCAUAUGGUUCAUGAAGCAAGCCAGAUACUGGGGAUGUAGUGGAGAGGAGCCUGAGACUUGUAUCUCUGGCACUAUGUUGGUGGUCCAAUGAAAUCUCUGCCAAAACUAGCAGCCCACAAAAUAAGAUAGGAAUGUAAGAAAUAGGAGCAGGAGGAGGCCAUAUUGCUCCUUGACUGACCAGUCAAUAAGGUCAUGGCUGAUCUUCUUCCUGCCUUAUCCACAUAUCACUUGACUCCCUUAAUGCUAAAAAAAAACAACCUCAGUUUUGAAUAUACUCAAGAUGGAGCACCAGAACCCUCUGGGGUAGAAAAUUCUAAAGAUUCACAAUCUUCUGAGUGAAGGAAUUUCUCCUCCUCUUAGUCCUAAAUAGCUGAUCCCUUGUCCUGAGGCUAUGACCCCUAGUUCUCCAGCCAGGGAAACCAGCCUCUCAACGCUGUAAAGCCCUUUUAGAAUUUUGGAAUUCAGGAGAAAAUGCUUAAUAAGAGUAAUGAGAUUGUGGAACUUGGUACCACAUGGGAUAGUUGAAGUGGAUAGUAUAGGUGCAUUUAAAAGAAAACUACAGAAGCAUAUGCGGGAGAAAAGAAUAGAAGGCUAUGUCGAUAGGGUGAGAUUAAAAGAGCUGCAGGAUGAACACCAACUGAGACUAGUUGUGCUGAAUGGCCUGUUUAUGAGCUGUAAAUAGUUUGUAAUUAUAUGUAAAUGGAACUUACUGUUUUAAAUAAACAAAACCUGAACUAAAUAAUGGACUCUAGGGAUCAGAUGAGAAAUGACAGACUACUGGGAGAAAUUUUAACCUGACCCAUCCAUCAGCAAACUGUCAGGAAUGGGUGCAAUGCUGGUUCCAGUGAUGUCACCCAACAAGUUAGAUGAAAAUGACUCCCCUCUGUGUGAACAUAAUUCCAACUAAGGGUAUUGGCCCAAAUCAACAAAGACAACAACAUACAUAUAUGCAAGUUAUUACUAUUAGAAAACAACAUUUCAGUUUCAAUUCAUUUCCAUCAUCUCCAAUAAUUUUCUGUUUAUACGUUUUGUGUUUUGAUUGCAUAAUCCAUUACUGGGUCCUUGUCUGAUGUUUACAUCUUUAGAAUAGCAGAUCUCACAUAGCAAUAUCCCAUCUCUGAUUGAAAGUAUCAAGGGAUUCACAUGAUCACACCAAGCUAUAACUGCAGAAAAGUAACUUAAAUGACCGUAUAAUCUAACUUUUUUAUCACAUUGCUUUUUGUGAGACCUUGCUGGGUUUCAAGAAUCAUUGGGUGAGAUUUUAAAUCACUCGAAAUCCAUUUGCUUAGAGUUAAAAUUGGGCCCAUUUCAAAACCACUGAAAUACUCUCAAUGUGAAUGUUUCCAAAAUCUUCAUUGCUCUGUACUACUGCUGCCUUGGUGUAAGUACGAUCAGACAUAGCAACUGAAAAUUAACUAUUUUUAAAAAAAUAAACAAAAACAUUGACAAACCCUUGAUCUAAUGGCAAUGAUGAACUCAAUAUAGUGGAUAAAGGAGAGUUAACACUCUGGAUUGAUUUUAAUCCCAGGCAUCCUACAGAAACCGGUUGUCUGGGCAGUUGACAAUGAGCAGGAUAUUUCACCAGUCUAAAUCCUGAUUGAGAUAUUAACAAGGAGAGGGGGAACGCGGCACAUGGCUGAAGCCACUUAAUUCAAUGCGAAUCGAGACUAUUAUACGAUUUAAUCCAGGGCCUGAGUGUGAACAUAAGAACAUACAAAUUAGGAGUAGAGCAGGCCAUUCGGCCCCUCGAGCCUGCUGAGCCACUCAAUAAGAUCAUGGCCGAUUUGAUUGAGGACUCAACUCCAUAUUCCGCCUACCCCCAUAACCUUUGACUCCUUUGUUAGUCAAGAAUUUAUCUACCUCUGCCUUAAAAAUAUUCAUUAGCUCUUCCUCUACUGCUCUAAAGGAAAGAGCUGCAAAGAUUUACAACCCUUUGAGAGAAAAAAUUUCUUCUCAUCUCCGUCUUAGAUGGGAGGCCCCUUCUUUUUAAACUGUGUCUCCCAGUUCUAGCCUCUCCCACAAGAGGAAACAUCCUAUCAGUAUCCAUCCUGUCAAGUGCCCUCAGGUGAAAGCUGCAGCAAACCUUCAGGCCCCACUGUGAAAGUGGCAGCCUUCUCCGUAUCCUCCCUCCUUAUUUGUGCGAGGCCCACCCUACCCCCUCCACUCCACCUCGGCUACCUAACCUUUGUUAGCUGACAUCGGCUCCACACCCUCUUCAGACUUGUUCUGGGUGGGAAAUCAGCCGGCAGCAAUUACGCAAAGCUCAGUGGCUAAAGUUGCUAUAGCUUUCCUACUUCAUUCUGCUUCUGCCAAGAGCUGAAACCUACAGGCAGCAAACCCAACCUAGCCUAAAGUUCAUCCCAAUUCAAUUGUCUGUUAUUGUCAAACACUUGAGAAAGAGAGAACUUGCAUUUAUAUAGCACCUUUCAUGUCCCAAAGUGCAUCACAACUAAUGAAAUAUUUUCAGUGUAACUACUGUCUACUAGAUCUACAAUUGCUCCAAUAUUAUUGCCUAAUUAGAAUACCAUCAAAAAUUCAUCAGCAAAAUAUUGCACUUUUCCAGGUAAUAAAUUUUUAAAAAUUCUAGUUACUUUUUUAUUUGGUGUUCAUAAUUAAUUUUUUCUAAGGAAUGCAUAUCAAGAGUGGUUUAGGUUUUGUUCUUAACUGUAAUGAUAUGGAAGACCCACAAUAUUCACUAAUUAAAAUUAAGUUCUCAGAGCUGUCUCCAUAUGAUUAAAACAAACCCAAAUUUUGAUUUCAAACCACUUAGUGAAUUGUGGAACGUGGAAGUUUUAACCUGUUGAUCUGCUGUUGCAAUACAAUUGUUAACCCUUUUAUUUUCAAUGUGGUAUAUCCUCCAUUAAAAUAUCAGACAGAAGAGUGUCAUAUGACCCUUUUUAUUGCUUAGAUAAUAUUUUAUUAAUUCAUUGAACUUACAAACUAACUUUUAGGUGGACGGUUGCAUUAGAUUUUGGUUUCGAACCGUCAAAAUUACACUAAUGCAAAACGUAAGAUGUGCAUCUUCAUUUACUCAUGUUUUGGUGAUGCUGGUAACUUGUAUAAUUUCUCUCACUUAUGUAAUAAAAAGUAUGUUAUCUCA